UGCCUUUGUUUGCCAGAAUGUAUAAAUAGUGAUAAAUUUUGGUAGUUAUCGUGCUGGCCUUGUGAACCCCUUUCUGCGCAGAUCUAUAAAUAAAUCAAAAACCUCGACCCUGAGCGUGGAUUGGCGCCUUGCACACCGGGUGGCGCCUUGCACACCGGGUGAAAGAAGCUGCUUUGGGACACAGAGCCCGGUGUGACCGGGAGGUCCCGCUGCCCAGGGGGGUGCGGGCUCAGGAUUAAACCCUUUAAGAGGGGGGUCCUUCAAGGCCCCCCGCAAUGCGCAGUCUGCGGGGGCUGCGGGCGGUGACCCCACCACUCCUACUGCGCAUGCGCCCAGCGGCAGGCGGUGCUGCCCGGCUGAGGGCGGUGACCUCGGUGCUCGCACGGCGCAUGCGCGUGGCGCAGCGUCGGGGGCGGGUGUGCGGCGCGAGGCGGGCAGCGAUGGCGGCUGCUGUGGGGCUCUCGUCCUCGCCGGGCUCCCCCGCCGUGAGCGAGCUGUGCCAGAACAGGCGGGAGAUCUUCCUGGAGGCCUCGCGGCUGCUCCUCACUUACGCUGACAACAUCCUCCGGAAUCCCUAUGAGGAAAAGUACAGAUUAAUUCGGAUUGGAAAUCCAGCGUUUUCCACAAGGCUGUUGCCCGUCAGAGGAGCAGUUGAAUGUUUAUUUGAGAUGGGGUUUCAAGAGGGAGAAACUCACCUGGUUUUCCCUAAGGAAGCUUCAAUUGAGCAACUACGUAAAAUCAGAGACUUAAUUGCUGGAGAGAGGAGUAGCAGACUGAAUGAGUCAAACCAAAUCCACAGAUCAGGAUCCUCUGAAACUGUCAGCAGCACUCAGCCAGCUGCACAGCGGCCUUCGAGACCUGUUGACUCUGUUUUUGCCCGUGCCCGUCAGCAACCAGAGACAUCACUUGUGCAAUCUCUUGAAAUGGCUGCAAAUAUCUUGAAAACACUUCAAACAAAAUUUGAGGGCCUUGUAUUGAUGUAUGAGAAUCCUUCUAUUCAGCAGAAAGCACUGGCUGCAAUUCCCCUCCAGGAAUUGAAAAGCAAGGCUCAGAAAAAGCUAGCACAAGCUACAAGACUGGACAAAGGUGCACAUGUGAAUGAAGAAGAUUUCUUAUUGUUGGAGCUUUUGGACUGGUUUAAGACUUCCUUUUUUCAUUGGGUAAAUAGUCUUCCUUGCAGCAGGUGUGGUGGGCAGACAGAGCCUAAAAGUGACUAUUUGUUGCCUACUGAUGAUGAUCUAAGGUGGGAUGCCAGUCGAGUGGAAAACCAUUACUGCAACCAGUGUCAGCUCUGUAAUAGAUUCCCAAGGUAUAACAACCCUGAAAAACUUUUGGAAACCAGACGUGGACGCUGUGGUGAGUGGGCCAACUGUUUUACACUGUGCUGCAGAGCUGUAGGGUUUGAAGCAAGAUACGUCUGGGACCAUGCAGAUCAUGUGUGGACUGAAGUAUAUUCUUCAUCUCAGAAAAGAUGGCUUCACUGUGAUCCUUGUGAAAAUGUCUGUGAUAAGCCUCUUCUUUAUGAAACUGGCUGGGGAAAGAAACUCUCCUACAUAAUUGCGUUCUCCAAAGAUGAGGUUGUUGAUGUCACCUGGAGAUACAGCUGUAAACAUGAAGAAGUACUUUCUAGAAGGACAGCACUCAGCGAAGCUACGCUGCGAGAGACAAUUAAUGCACUAAAUAGAACGAGACAAAAGUCUUUGUCAGAAAAUAGAAAAAGAGAGCUCCUGGAAAGGACUAUUGUAGAGCUUGUUGAGUUUAUUUCUCCUAAAACACCUAAACCUGGAGAAUAUGGUGGAAGGACAUCAGGCUCAAUGGCUUGGCGAGUAGCCAGAGGUGAAAUUGGUCCAGAGAAAAGAAAAGAAGUAGUUUUUAUUCCCUCUGAAAAGGAGAAGACGUCUAAACUGUUCCAUCUCGUCUACAAUGUAAUAGAUGACAGUUAUACACGGAUUUCCAAUAAUAACGAAAAAAUACGUGGCUGGGAAGCAGGUGUUUGGAAGGCAGAUUCUAUUUGGAGAAAGGUUGAAACAGACUGGAAAAUGGUUUAUUUAGCUCGAAAAGAAGGGUCAUCCUCUGCUUCCAUCAGCUGGAAGUUUGAGUGCAAGUCAGUCGGUCUAAAAAUAGAUAACAUUUCAGUUAGGACAAGCAGUCAAACAUUUCAGAGUGGAAGAAUACAGUGGAGACUUCGCUCUCCUACAGCAGAAAUUGCUCUCACAGGAGAUAAAAAUCUUUGCUCCUAUUCAGAUUUUUCUGGAGCAACGGAAGUUAUGUUGGAAGCAGUUCUAAAUGGAGGGGAUGGUGAAGCUGCAUGGCAACACACACAGCUGUUUAGAGAGAGCUUAACAGAAGGUGGGGAAAAUAGCUUGGAGAUAAUUAUAAAACUCAGUGACCUCUGAGAAUCUGAACUGUAGAAAUGUACUUUGGAUUCCUUGAAGACAUUAUACCAUGGAUACAACAUGAAGAUUUGGUUGGCAAUUCCUCUUCAUCCUGCCGGCAGAUUAUUUCCUGUUUCACUGCCUCCAUUAAACCAACUUCAAACUGCA